AUGACCAACGAAGAUGGGACCAAAUUCCUCGAUGCCACAGGUGGCGCUGCUGUAUCUUGCCUAGGACACGGUAACGAGCAGGUCGCCCAGAUCAUCAAGGAUCAGAUGGACCAGAUAUCCUACUGUCACUCAGCCUUCUUCAGUACUCAGGUAGCCGAGGAUCUUGCCAAGCUCCUAGUUGACUCUACUGAGGGAAAGCUAUCCAAGGUCUUUAUAACGAGCUCGGAGGCUGCACUUAAGCUAGCACGCCAAUUUUUCUUAGAGCUUCCAACUCCUCAAACUGAGCGUACCAGGUUCAUUGCGCGUCUUCCAUCCUACCACGGCACCACGCUCGGUGCUCUCUCAGUUGGUGGCCAUGUUCAGCGUCGGGAGCCAUUUGAGCCACUUCUCUCCAAGAAUGUAUCCCAUGUCUCCCCAUGCUAUGCAUACCGUGGGAAGCGGGAUAGCGAGUCUAAUGCAGAAUAUGUGGCACGUCUAUCAGCCGAGCUAGAUGCUGAAUUCCAACGUGUCGGACCCGAAACCGUGUGCGCAUUCAUUGCAGAGCCGGUUGUUGGCGCAGCUCUCGGCUGUGUCCCCGCAGUACCAGGGUACUUCCGUGCAAUGAAAGCCGUCUGCGAGAAGCACGGCGCUCUCUUGAUCCUUGACGAGAUAAUGAGCGGUAUGGGCCGUUCCGGGACAUUGCAUGCCUGGGAACAAGAAGAUGUUGUUCCCGAUAUCCAGACUAUUGCAAAGGGGCUGGGUGGUGGCUAUGCACCGGUGUCGGCUGUUUUAAUUAAUGACUCCAUUGUGCAAACUAUGGACAAAGGCACUGGGCAGUUCCGCCAUGGGCAGACAUACCAAGGCCACCCGGUCUCAUGUGCCGCUGCGUUUGCUGUCCAAAAGACUAUUCAGGAACAGUCUCUGUUGGAAAAUGUCCGAACCAUGGGUGCUUACCUUGAGACACAGUUGAAGCAGCGAUUCGCGAGUCAUCCUCACGGGAGAUAUUCGAGGGAAAGGAUUGUUCUGGGGGACAAGGCCACGAAAGAGCCAUUCGAUCCCAAGGAUCGUCUAUCGUACCGAAUCCAGGAGAAAGGUCUAGAGCCGGAGCACGGUGUCUCGCUAUAUGGCUGCUCUGGUACUGUGGAUGGAGUUAAAGGAGAUCAUCUUAUGCUCGCGCCACCUAAUAUAGUGUCGGAAGAGGAGAUUGAUAUUAUUGUAGCCACCCUGGGUAACGUUUUGAAAGAGGUUUUUGCCUCGUUAUAA